GUAGUUGAAGUACAGAAACUAGAACUGUAGUGAGCGGCCUUAUCCGCUGCUUGCUCGUGGGCACACAUCAGAAGGAUUAACAUACAAAGAAGUUCUUCUUUCGCGAUUCAAACUUUCAUAGUCUCCACCUCACAUAAUGCUUUCAAAUUCAAUGUUAAUUGCUUCUUCUCUGUUUUCACCAUCACCUUCCCCCCUCAUCGGUCCCCACAAGUUUUGUUCUUCCUUCAAAACCAUCUUAAAACAAAGCCACGCAUUUCUCCACAGAAACCCCCUUCUCCCCAACCACUUGAAUUUGAGUUCCAAAAGGUCCCUUUCUUCGGUUUGCUUCUUCAACGCUGGAGAAAAGGAAUCGGGAUUGGAAUGGCCUAUUCUCAGGCGAUGGGAGGUGCCUUGGGAAUGGCAAACAGUUUCAUUUACUUCUCUUGCUUGUGGAUUAGGUUUUGUGUUGACAGGUUUGACUGAAGCAGUUGCUCUCCCAUAUCCUGGGAUCAAACCUGAUGUGCUAAGUUUAGAAGACAAGGCAGAGAUACUUUUGUUGGAUCAGGGUAUGACCACUGCUGUUGUACUUGGAAUAAUUUAUAGUGUUGCCAACAGUUUCCAGCCACUUCCUGAAGACUUCUUCAAAUACGAUUUGAGGGAGCCUUUCAAUCUUCAGAAGGGUUGGCUUUUAUGGGCUGGAGUUGGACUUGUUGGUUCCAUAAUUGCCACUGCAUUGACCGGAGUUGCUGUGUCUUCCUUCAGUGGAGAAACCCCACAAAGAGAGCAUGGGAGGAGGCAAUUUAGGGUCACUGAUUUUCAAAUGGCAUUAGUAUUGAAACACUGAUGCUCUUGUUCGCUUGCUUCCGUUAAUUGGAUCUUCAAAUCUCAAUACUACGUGCUUAGUGGGCAUCACAGGUGUUCUUGCUCCACUCCUUGAGGAGACUGUAUUUCGAGGAUUCUUUAUGACUUCUCUGACCAAGUGGUAUUGUUGCCUUCAUACCCGUUGAUUUGUUGUUUAAGUUUU